UGAACAAUGGAACGUUAACAUCAAGGCUGGAAGGAACCAUAGAGACUGUCCAGUUCAGCCCCUCGUUUUUGCAGCAAAAGAAACCAAGAAACAGAGACAGGAGUGACUUGCCCAGUACCUCUUGAGGGACAAAUCGCAGGAUGCUGUUUGGAAACAUUUCCCGGCAGUUGUGUGGCUUAAAGAAAGUCCCGUGGUCAUGUGACUCCAGGCCCUUCUGGGGCUGGCUGAACGCAGUGUUCAAUAAAGUGGAUCAUGAACGCAUCAGGGAUGUCGGCCCCGACAGGGCGGCGUCCGAGUGGCUGCUGCGCUGUGGGGCCAUGGUGCGCUACCGCGGCCAGGAGAGGUGGCAGAAGGACUACAACCACCUCCCGACAGGCCCUCUGGACAAAUACAAGAUUCAGGCGAUCGAUGCCACCGACUCCUGUAUCAUGAACAUUGGGUUUGAUCACAUGGGCCUACAGCAUGUGGAAAAAAUAAGGCUAUGCAAGUGUCAUUACAUCGAGGAUGCCUGUUUGGAGAGACUUAGUCAACUUGAAAACUUACAAAAAACCGUGUUGGAAAUGGAAAUAAUUUCAUGUGGGAAUGUCACAGACAAAGGCAUCAUUGCUUUGCAUCAUCUAAGAAACCUCAAGUAUUUGUUGUUAAGUGAUCUUCCUGGAAUAAGAGAAAAAGAAAACCUUGUCCAACUCUUUAAAACAGCACUGCCUUCCCUGGAACUAAAAUUAGAUUUGAAGUAAAAUAAUAACAUUCAAUAAGUGUCUUAUUUCAAUUCGAAGUAUCAUUUGAAAUUGGUGAUCCUAAACAGCAACAAAUAUUAUAUAAUCAUCAAUAAAACUAUAUGGAGGUCAUAUCAUGACAUUUUAGAAGCAGAGUCCAUCAUGUAGAAAAUAAAUAUUCAGACGUGACUCAUUAAAGUUACUAAGUUGAAAGUGAGAAUUUAUGUACAUUAAAUCAUUUAAGAAAAAUGUAAAUCAGGUAGCAUUUUAAUGCUAAUAUCGUCCUCAUUUUAUAUAGAUAUCUAUGUAGAUAUCUUGAUGUAGAUAUUCUUUAUUGUAUUUUAAUACUAAUUUAUGUUACAUUUUACUUGAAAGUUAUUGAAGCAUGUUACUAUAAAUGUACAAUUAUGAAAACAUGAAAGCUAAACUUCAGAUCAUUGAUGAAUGAGUCAGGUAUGCAAAGUAGUCUGGUUGACGAUUCACAUUGCUCUCAGGAUUUGCACACGUCGCAUGAUCCUGCAUUCUUGUGUUCUUUAUAACAUACACUGUUUCUGAAUGAAUAGCUUCUGGCUACGUCUAUUUUGUAAGCUUAGUCUGGUGUUUUUUUCUGUGUGUAAUUUUUUCUGUGUGUAAAGUUUUUUAAAAGUAGACAUAAAUACUUGGCUGAAUUCACAUAGUUUUGCUGGUUGCAAUGGAACAGAGGGAACAGUCAUGAAGACCAGCACAGCUUUCCUUACUCUUUGCUUAAAUUAAAAAACUGCUUUAAACAGAACAUUUUAACCUGUCAAUUAGAAACUAAUUUUUAUUCCCUCAUAUAUGUUGGCUACUACUUCCUAUGUCCUCAAGGGACAUCAAAAAGAAAUGUAAACACAAAAUUCAAUUUACAUCUAGAAAGCAGUGAUAAUAUCAUAAAUAGAUAAAAACAGAUCUUUCUUUUUACCUGCUCGAAAUGGCCCUGAUUCUGUUAUUGUUAUUUCCCAACUUUUGUGGACUUCUAUGUGUUUGGUUUGAACAUUAAGCUGUUGGAAUUAUUUCAACUGCUGGUUGGAACAUUAAGCUGUGGAAAUAAUUUUAAAAUAAACACUUGCUAUGAUGCAACAUUCUGAUAGAAA